AUGAAUAAUACUGCAAUACGUCAGAUACCUCGAUAUUUACCCAGAAUGAAAUAUUAUGAUAUAGGAUUUAAUUUAUCUGAUCCCAUGUUCCAGGGUGUAUAUCACGGUAAAAAAUAUCAUACUUCUGAUAUAUCUAAUAUUUUAUAUAGAGCUCAAGAAAGACAAGUUAAAGUUACAUUAUUGACGGGCUCAUCAAUUGUUGAAUCAAAACAAGUAAUUGAAUUGAAAGAUCAAUUGAAGGAUACAUCUCCAGUAAAAUUAUAUUAUACAAUUGGUGUACAUCCAUGUUGUGUUAAUGAAUUUGUUGAAAAUAUUGAAAAUUUAGAAUCAUCGAGUACAAUUGAUAAUCCAUCGAAUGAUGAAAGUUAUAAUUAUAAACUUUAUGAAUCAUUAAAUAAAGAUACAAAAUUCGCAUCCAAAAAAUUAAAGGAAUUAUAUGAGCUUAUGUCAAUAAAAUUGAAUGACCCAGAUUUACGUGCAAUUGGUGAAAUUGGCCUCGAUUAUGAUCGUUUUCAUUAUUCUUGUAAAGAAUUACAAUUGAUGUUUUUUGAAGAACAAUUAAAAUUAUGUUGUUUAUUAAAGAAUAAAGAAAUCCCACUAUUUUUACAUAUGAGAAAUUGUUGUGAUGAUUUUAUUACUGUAUUGAAAAAAUUUAUUAUUGGAUUCCAUGAUAAUGAGGAUAAAUUUAACUUAAAAGAAAUCAUUGGUAGUAAAGAACCAAUUCAUUAUAAAUUACCAUCAACAAAAAAAUUUGUUGUACAUUCAUUCACAGAUUCACCUAUGGACUUGGAAAAUUUACUUUCAUUGACUCCAAAUUGUUAUAUAGGAAUGAACGGUGCUUCAUUUAGAUUAGAAGAAAAUAUAGAAUCUGUGAAAAGAGUACCAUUAGAUAGAUUACUUUUAGAGACAGACGCUCCAUGGUGUGAGAUUAGACGAACUCAUGAAGCUUAUAAAUUUUUGAAUGAUUAUCAACCUCUACCAUAUAAAUCUGUCAAGAGAGAUAAAUUAAGCAAAGUCUCUGAAGAUGAAUGGAAUAACUAUAUGAUUAAAUCUAGAAAUGAACCAUGUACAAUGGAACAAGUAGCCACAGUUGUAGCUAAUAUUAAGGGAUUGCCACUAUCUGAGGUUGUUGAUAAAAUAUGGGAAACUAGUUGUGCUGUUUAUGGUGCAUAA